CCAGCUGUGCACCUUUGCUCUAUACUCUAUAUUAUAGUACAUGGAGUAGUAGUAUGCCUUUUGUUCAGGCUUCAGUUUCUCAUUAUUCCUCUCAGCAAAACCACAAGCGAAAGAAAGAUAGACCAAUCAAAGGAUCCAUAGCCAAAGCCAAACCAAACUAGAAACCUACCCAUCUACCAUGGCUCUCAGCGAAAAACACAAAUUGAUCAUAGGAAUGAUCGGCGCGUGUAUGGGAUUUGUGAUAAUCGUCUUUUUCCUCUCAUGCCAGCAAGAAUGGUGCUGUGGAGUUUUCAAAAAACGGGAUGUACUUCACAGAAAAGGGGAUGACGAUGAUGAUUAUACCAAAGACUCCAAGACCAAGGUCCCCACCAAAGUGUUCCUAAAAUCGGAUGCUACCAAAGAACCCAUGGCCACUAUGGAAGAAGGCGACGGCGAAGAGGAAUCGGAUAUUCAAUUAAUGAUGGAUAGUGAACAAAUGGGAGGAGCCAACAACAAACAUAACUUGAUUACGGAAAGCAUGACAUCUGUCGAACAGCGGAUUACCAACAAGAUUUACAUUCCUCGCUGCGUCCUGUGCAGCAAAGACUACGAAGAAGGAGAAAAUGUCACACAUUCCAACAAUCCCAAUUGUCAUCACGAAUAUCACGAAAAUUGCCUCUACAAACAUUGGAAAAAGGUCAAGGCCCACGAUGGAAAAUGCCCCGUCUGCAAGACAGAUGAACAAUACGUGGUGGAAAAAUUGGCACCUUCCACACACUUUUCGACCACGAGUCUACGACAGUCAAAGCAACAACUAGCUCCAUCAUCUACUCGAACAACCUCCGUGGGACCCUUUGAUGCUGUAUAAAAAGAACGAUUGCAGAUAAACUGGAAUCUGUGCUGUACUACCAAGUAAUAAUCCACAAUCCUCCCUCACUCUCUGACUGCUGCAUAAAGAAUGAUUGCCUCCGUAGCCAUCUUGAAUAAUUCCUUACAUUAUUGGUCCACACGAGUGUACAAUGCAAGCUCAUACGAUUUUAGCAAAAACUGACUGAACUAAAUGAGUUUACUCACCUUGUAUGCUCGGGAUGGGUUUCCACCCAAAGGCGCUGCUUUCCGCCGUGUAGCACCAAGUUCUUGUAUACACGAUAGUGCUUCGGCAAUCUUGUCUAAAUGCGAAGCAAUCGCAUGGGAGAUUGCAACCCAAAUAGAGUCAGGAGAGAAGUGCUGGCUACGGAAUACCUGUUGGCGAAGAAACGGACGGACAAACAUGGAAGUCGCGAGGUUGUGGUCAAGAGAUUUCCUCCAUGUACAUUCAUCUUCUACUUCGUUCUGUUAUCAUGAUCCAAAAAACAGCUAGCUAACUACUUGUAGUUUGUGUGAUGCAAAAAUAUUGAC